GCGUUGUUUGUAUAUUUGCACCUCUAAAACUUUAGGCUAUGUUUGGUUUGAAGGAAAUGGUAGAGAAAGGUAUUUCCCUACCUUCCCUUCCCUUCCAUACUUUUUCUUUCAAACCAAACACAGCCUUAGGGUAUCCAGCUAGCUAACAGCCUAACAUUAGCCGCUAUAGUCCCGACUCCCGAGUCAUCCUUUUAUAUUUGUAGUAAUUUCUUCUUUCUUUCAAGUUCCUCGACGCCGAGAUGACACAUCGGCCGUCUGAUCGGAAUGUUCCGUCGUUCGAUCGUCGGAUUCUUUCGCCAGCGAAAUCACAGCAAUACCGGUGCUGAUUACACCGACGUCGCAGAAACGAUGUCUCUGAUACUUGAGAAACUUUCAAAAUCAAAAUCAAUUACAAAAUGCAAACAAAUACAUGCAAAGCUGAUAGUCUCACACUCCACUUCCAAGAUCCACACGACAAACACACUCUUGAACUUCUACUCAAGGUGCGCGGAUUUACACCAUGCGCACCUAGUGUUCGAUCAUGCCCCACAGAAGAACGUCGUGACAUGGACAUCCAUGAUUUCUGCUUACGCUCAUCACGGGUUAUCCCGAACAGCACUCCGGUUGUUCGAAGAAAUGCUUCAAGCCGGUGAAAAACCAAACCAGUUUACUCUUUCUGUAGUUAUUCGAGCAUGUACAAAUCUCAGUUUUAUGGAAUUGGGUCUGCAAGUUCAUGGAUUGAUCGUCCAUUUCGGCCUUGAGAGGGAUGAGUUUGCAGGGAGUUCUCUUGUCGAUAUGUACUUUAAAAUCGGCAGUAGUCUUCAUGAUGCUUGCCGUGUUUUCAAUGGGUUAUGUAGAAGAGAUUCAGUUACCUGGAAUGUUAUGAUCUCUGGGUUUGCUCAGGUCGGUGAUUCUAGUAAAGUUCUCAGUUUGUUCUCAAAAAUGCAGCUAAUUGACCAGUUGAAACCAAAUGAUUUUACAUUUACAACUUUGCUCAAGUGUUGUCAUUGCUUAAGAGAUGUGGACCAAAUCCAUGGGCUUAUUUUGAAAUCUGGAACUGAACUUGACGUCGUUGUUGGAAGUGCUCUAGUGGAUGUGUAUGGUAAGUGCGGCAGUAUGCAGUCAGGGCAAAAAGUUCUCGGUGCAAUGACUAGAAAAGACAGUUUUGUUUGGAGUUCGAUAAUAUCUGGCUAUGCAAGAAAUGGCAGUGGAGGGGAAGCUAUAAUUUUGUUUAAGGAUAUGUGUACGGAAGGUCUGAAGCCUGACCAGCAUGCUUUGUCAAGCGCUCUUAAAGCUUGUGUUGAGAUUGGAGAUCUAAAAACAGGAAUUCAAAUCCAUACCCAGAUGAUAAAGAAUGGGUACCAGAGAGACUGUUUUGUGGGUAGUGUUCUUUUAAUUCUUUAUACAGACUUCAACCAUAUGGAUGAUGCAGAAAAAGUUUUCAAAAGGAUUUCUGACAGGGACCUUGUUUCUUGGAAUUCUAUGAUGACGGGUUAUGCUCAAAUGGAAGAGGGAUCUUCUCUCCACUGCAUUAAACUCUACCGUGAACUUCGCCAAUGUACUACUUUCAAGCCUGAUGAACCCACUCUAAUUGCAAUUUUGAAAUCUUGUCGAAGUAAAGUAGAUUUGGGUAUUGGUCUUCAAAUCCACACUGAAAUUGUUAAACUGAGCAGAGGUUACGAAAUUUCUGUUGUGAAUGCUGUGAUCAACAUGUAUGCCAAGUGUGGGGAAGUUGACAAUGCUCGAAGAGCCUUUGACACCAUGGUUCAAAGAGAUGAAGUCUCGUGGAGUUCCAUCAUUGGAAACUACGUGCAAAACGGGAUUGACUUAGAAGCUAUUAAGCUCUGCAAAGAAAUGUUGUCUGCUGGGAUAUAUCUAAGUAGUUUUAGUAUCCCAUCUUGCCUUACAGCUUGCUCUGGUUUGGCAGUUAUCGAUAUGGGAAAGCAGUUCCAUUCAUCUGCCAUUAAACUUGGUUUUGAUAAAGACAUCUAUGUCCAAAGCUCUGUGGUAGACAUGUAUGCAAAGUGCGGUAAUAUGGAGGACUCUGUAAGAGCUUUCAAUGAACAAAAAGAUGUAAAUGUGGUAUCUUCCAAUGCUUUGUUAUCAGGAUUUGCACAGCAUGGAAAAGCCUGGGAGGCAAUUGAAACAUUCAACAUAAUGGAAAAGAUGGGCAUAAUUCCAAACACAAUCACCUUCUUGGCAGUUCUGUCAGCUUGUAGCCAUGUUGGUCUUGUUGAGCAGAGCUUAUUCUUCUUCAAUUUGAUGCAGCAGAAAUAUGGUAUGGAGCCAGAAUCAGAGCAUUAUUCCUGCUUAGUUGAUGUAUUUGGUCGUGCUGGAAGGCUUGAGGAGGCAUACCUGACCCUUCAAAAUAAAGUAUGUCUGUCGGCAUGGAGAACAUUACUUAGUGCUUGUAGGAUUUAUGGCAACCUGAAGAUAGGAGAGAAAUCAGCAAGAAGGAUAAUGGAACUGGAGCCAAAUGAUCAUGCUUCUUAUGUUCUUCUAUCAAAUCUUUACUCCAGGGCUGGAAGAUGGGAAGAAGCUCUGGAGUUGAGGCAGAAAAUGGCAAAAGCUGGAGUUAAGAAGGAUCCAGGAAAUAGUUGGUUGGUCAUCAGAGAUCAAGUUCAUGAGUUUACAGUGGGAGACUUUUCACACCCUGAAAUCAGAAAGAUAUUGGGGCAGCUGAACAGCAUUAACCAACAGAUAAGAACUAAUGAACUAUUCUGUCAUAGUUGAUUGCUUACAGCACUGGAACGCAGUCAAUCCACAAUAACUUAUGAAUCAAUAUUUUACGGCAGUAAAUGGCCCUACAAAUCACUUAGCUAUGGCAGUACAUGCAGUCAACCCACCAUGGAAGUCAAAUAAUAUGAUAUGAUACACAUCAAUGCUAUUACUCCUAUACUGGCCC